AUGAUUCCCCGGUGUUUAGCCACCCGAUUUUAUUCAAAUUCCGCCCAAAAACCUCGGAAAAAAGUCGAUUGUGCAGUCUAUGGGUGCGGACUGUCGGCUUCCGGCGCAUUGGCCAUACCAAAAUUGAUUCAAAAUUCUACAGACGAUGUCACAGCGAGUGAAGCAAAGUAUCCGAAGAGGAUAACGUAUUUCAAUACAAAAAGUAUAAAAAAUGUCACUUCGGGCUUCGGAUUCUCACUUUUCGCAUCGGAAAAUCGGCUUUAUGGCGCUGGAAUUAAUAAUCGCUUCCAGAUUGGCGGCCAGCUUACAGAUCCGUCGAAAUUCCAGGAUUAUUACAUUUCCGCGAAGAAAAUCAAUAUUCCAGCCGAAGAGAUUCUGGAAAUUUCAUCGGGACGAGCCCACUCAUUAAUUCGAACCGAAAAAGGAGUUUUUGCAAUUGGAGAUAAUAAUUUUGGACAGUGUGGAAGGGAUCCGACGGUUUUAGAGCAUAUUGUGGGCAGUGAUGAUUCCCCACUUCAACCUCUGACUCCGCCCACUUCCAACCCAAUCGUCUCGAUUCAUUGCUCUCUAGACACAUCAUUCAUCGUGGAUUCUGAAGGAAAAGUGUUCAGUUUCGGACUAGGAGAAGAUGGUCAGUGUGGAAAUGAGUCUUAUGGAAUACAAUGGAACCCAUCGUCAGUGAAGGGAGAUUUAGAAGGCGUGCGGAUUCAGAAGAUCGCCGGAAGUACUGAUACGGUGAUGGCGUUGAGUGACGAGGGAGAGGCGUUUGUUUGGGGACAGACAGAGUAUGGGCAAGCGGUUGGGGCCACGGAUCAGAUUCAGCUCAACGUAUCCCGUCAUCUGAAUCUCUCCUCAACAAUCGGUCCGAUUUCAUCCAUCGCGACGACCCAAUCAUCAGUGAUUGCUCAGAAUAAAAAUGGAGAAGUGUUCGUUUGGGGUGUUGGAGUGCUCGGAAUGGGACCAGAAGCCGAGGUUUUGAAGCGGCCCACUCGAAUGGAUCAGCCACUUUUUGAUGGGAAAAAGAUCACCUCUGUAUCUGCUGGAAACAGCUGUAUGUCAGCUACAAAUGAAUCUGGUCGGCUAUUCAUCUGGGGAGAAAAUCGAUAUUCGUCUCUUGGCCUGGGACACUCCAAACGACAACUCUUCCCUUAUCAACUAUUCCUUCCUGGAGACGUUCGCCACGUGGCACUCGGUCCUGAUCAUUCUCUGUUUUUCGUUAAUUAG